GAAAUGAUGGCGUAUUCUGAUUUUCCACCACCCGAUAACUAUCCCAAUUUCAUGCAUAAUUCGUUGGUGAUGGAUUAUCUUCGAGCUUACGCGAACAAAUUCGAUUUGUAUAAGCAUAUUCGAUUCAAUACGAAUGUGACGAAGUUGGAGCGUGUUGAGAAUAAAUGGGAAGUGACAUUACGCGAUGGCUCAACAGAACGAUUUGAUUUCGCGAUGCUGUGCACCGGUCAUCAUGCAUUCCCACAAUAUCCUCAGAUCAAAGGUUAUUCAUCCCCUUUAUUGACAGCCCUGAACUCAUCCUUCCAAUAA